AUGCUUCUCUCGAAGAUUGGAGUGAAACCACUUUUUCCGAAAUUUUCAAAACCUAUUUCCAUUUUAGGUACUUUAAAACCAUCUCCAGGCUCCACUGAAACAUUCAAAAGAUUAGGUCGUGGUCCAUCCAGUAAUAAAGGUAAGACUUCUGGACGUGGUCAAAAAGGUCAAAAGGCUAGAAGCUCGGUAAAACCGUGGUUUGAAGGUGGUCAAACACCAAUAUACAAACUUUUCCCAAAACUUGGUUUUAAGAAUGUCCACGCUAGACCUCUAAUUCCAAUUAAUCUAGAGAGGAUUAUGUGGUUCCAUAGAAAGGGAAGAUUAAACUUACAAGAAAAUGAAGUGUUAACAAUGAAGAAAAUGAAAGAUGUCGGAGUUAUCACUGGUUCAAUUAAAAACGGGGUGAAAAUAUUGGCUAAAGGUCAAUUCGACAUGAAUGUACCAUUAAAAAUCGAAGCAAGCGCUGCAUCAGAAAAAGCUAUCCGUGCCAUCGAGAAAGCUGGUGGUUCAUUUGUUGCCAAGUAUUUCACUGAUUUAAGUUUGAAAGCUCAUCUUAACCCUCAAUAUUUCUUGGAGAAAAGAGGUAGAUUGCCAUUACCACCUAGACCUAUAAAAAGAAGAGAUAUCAGAUUUUAUAGUGAUCCAGAGAAGAGAGGUUACCUCGUUGUAGAGAAUGACCCUUUCUAUCAAAAAUUACAAGAGGCCAAGAGCAGUGGUAUGGAAAACAUCUCAAAGAGUCGUGAUAAGAAAAGUGAAUUGGAGAAACAACUGGACAAAUUGGACCCCACUGCAACAAAUGUUGUAUAUGAGAGCACGUCAAAUAUUCUCACACUCGAUCAAUUUAAAAAACAAGCAGGAUCUCAAUAA